AUGACCGUGCAGCGCCCGUCGUGGCCGCCGCUGUACUUCCCGCACUUCCACGGCACGGAGCCGGUGCCGCGGCCGGCGGGCGGCGCCUGGGCCCCGCUGGCCGCGCUGUGCUGGCCGUGGCAGCCGCUGCCGGCCGCGGCCGGGCCGCCUCGCUACGCCGCGCUGCCCGCGCCCGUGGUGCCGGAGCCGCCGCGCCUCUGCUGCCCGCCCGCAGCGCCGCGGACCGGGGAGGCGGCGCGGCGGCCCCCGGAGCUGGCGCAGCUGCAGCUGCAGGAGGAGAUGUGCGAGCUGGGCAUCCGCCUCAAGGAGCUGGAGCUGGCGGCGCUCAUCGGCGACGGCUUCGACGCCAGGCAGUAUAAAAUCCUGAAGGCACUGGAAGAAAAGAAGAUACAAAGCAUGAAAGCAAUGCAGAACAUGAAGUAA